AUGCCGUCGCGUGAGCCGCCGCCGCCGCUGCCCUCAUCGUCAUGGUGGCAGCGGUUCACGGGGCCAUCACAAGUCUCGCAAACCGCUGUUGCAUGCCUGAUGAGUGCGGGGUUCGCCCGUGCACCUGCCCGCCGCGCACUCGCCCGCACCUCUGGUGACAUUGGUGCGGCUAUGAAGCUGCUGCAAACCGAGGGCGAUGGAGUGGAUAGCAAAACGGACAAGACAAAUGCCAAGUCUACCAAGGGCAAGCACAAGGACACAGACACGUCCAAGUCUGCCGCUCUCCCGCAAUUACAAAAGCGUAAAUCGCAACGCUGGUCAAGCUCCGCCCUUAAGCGCAACACAACCAUUCUCAGCAAGCCACCACGGCGGGAGCCAUCGCUGGAUUCCGAGCCCCUCCCUACACCACGCCGCGAAGCAUUCGAGCAUGUCCGCCGGCCAGGUCUCGAGCCCAUUCCGGAACCCUGGGUCCUCCUCGAGCCCGAGCUCGAGCCUGGACUCGAAACGCAGUUCGAGUCUGAGCAUGACACUACAUCCCGACACCUUGCGUCCCCAGAGCGGGUACACCGGCCGGACCCCCCGAAACUGGAGUUGGCAGUUGCGCCGUGCCAACCGCUCUUCUACACGGAACGCGAGUCCGAGGCGGCCAUCGACGACUGGGAUUCCGAGAGCUGCUCCAGUUACUGCAGUACAGACACAUUUGGUGUCAGGGGAGCUGGUAGCGGCAGUGCCAGUGUCGUGGCCACCACCAUUGGCACCCCCACAUCGUCCGCUGGCUGUCAGCAAGACUACCGUGUUCAUCAGCGGUACGCCUCUGGCGUCGAGGUGUGGGUUGUCGAGGUGGCCAAGUGGCCCGGGAGCCACGAGGGUGCGGCCGAUACAGCCUGCAGUGGAACCACAACAGCGACGGCGUGGACUGCGAGGACGAGUGGAAAUGGUCUGAGCGGCCGGAGCAUCCGCAGCAAUCGCAGUGAACGAAGUACCAAGGUGCCCCGCUCGACUGUGACUGGAUCGACGACGACUCCCAACUGGGCCACGACCGUUGGCUCAUCAACAACAGCAUUCGCAUCGGCAACCCCUUUUGUCACUGAAGCGAGUGCAGCAACAACAACAACCACCAAGCCCUCAACUGUGGCAUCCGCAUGGCUUGGCGAGGAACCGGGAUGUGGUUCCUACCGGACCCAACUGUACACUGACGAGAUGGAGAACGAUGAGGACAAUGGCAAGGACAACAUAUUGUACUGGUAG